CCUACACAGCAGUUGCCAGCAGCACCGCUUACACAGACUUCAUAGCAACAGGUCAGCUUUCGUGCACCGUUGGAGAUGAACCAGGCCACACGCUCAUUGAUGAAAGACGACGUGAGAUGAACAUGCAUUGGUAUCAUGACCACCACCCUGUGGACCGUCUUUACAUGGACUUUAAAGGGACUUUUGUGCACGUGCAGAUUCCUCUGGGUGUGCCCAUACAACGCUGUCAAAUUCUUGCCGAGGAAAAAACUUCCCAAAGUUCCCAGAAGCAGUCAGAGGAAGCGGACAACAUCAGGCACUGAAAGCAAAGCGAUAGCAGCAAUACCUGGCAGCCCUGAUCGAGCAGCUGACCUUCAGAAGAGACUCACCAAAACCGAGAGAGACAUUUUGUCGCUCAGGACCAAGAUUGCGUGCGAAAAAGCAUCAUGGGAAAGACGUUUUGAGGAACUGAAGAGAAAACAGGAAGAGAUCUGCCAACAGCUUGGUGUCAGUGUCGGAGUCCAGUCCGAAAGUCAAGAAGAGUCAGGGGUUGAGAACGGCCUUGAUGCAAUCUCAGGGUGCAGUUUAUCGCGAGAUGGGUCGUCUGGAUCGUCCUCUAGAAGACAUUCAAGCGGCCAAAUUUCCACGUCAUCUGACCAGAGCUCGAGGAACACCUCCUUAUCAGCCUCAGCCUCCACAAGCAGUGUGCGAUCAUGGAAGACAACAUCUCCAGGGCCUCAUCGAGUGUUCGUCCCUCACUCUCCCAUGGACCUGCAGCUAGGUCACCGAGUCAGAGUCAUGCUGCCAUCGGGCCGCAUCAGCACGGGAACUGUCCGUUUCCUGGGUCACCUGCAGGGGGAGACAGAUAUCCACCUUGGGGUGGAGCUGCAGAAGCCCGAUCUUGGUUUACAUGACGGCAGCCACAAGGGCCACAGCUACUUCGAGUGCAAGCGCGGCUAUGGUGCCUUUGUGCCGUUUCACAAGCUGCUGAUGGCCUGGGAGUGAUGGCAUUUGAACCUUCGACCACGACCAAAUCAUUGGCAAAACCGAUGCCAGUUUGACCACAGAUCUACUCACAAUUUAAGCAAAAUGUUCGCAGUGUUUGAGCCUAUAAAAAAGCGCCAAUAAAACUGCAUUAUGACUGUCCAACUUCCUGUUGAGUUUAAGAUUUCAUCAUUCAGGUAAAUGAAAUGUGUCUGCCAAUGCGACUCAAAUGGAUCACCGUCACUGCAUUAUGCAAAAAAUCUCUCUCUGACUAAGGAGAAUAAUGUCAAUAAUUUGACAUUUGAAUUUUAAUAGAAAUACAUUUGAAAGCACUGAUUUUAAAUUUCCCCUUGAUUAGAAUUUGUUUUUGAUCAUACAUCUUCAAUAGGUAUAACUACUUUAACAAUGUUUAUACCUCUUUUACAAACCUUGCCUCCUAUCUGUGGUGAAAUUACUUUAUUAAGCUCAUGGCUACAACACUAAACUCAGCAUGACUGAAGGGAAGAAAAAAAAAAAUCAGUAAACUUUCACUCAUUGAACCCCAGUUUCUCAUCAUAUUACACCAGAAUGUCAAUGUCAAAAAUCAUUUUGCAAAAAGACUUUUUUGAUCAUAAAUUUCAGGCCCUGUUGUCGACACCUGAACCUGCAGGUUUUAUGACCACAGAGUGAUUCACUUAAACUGGGAACUAAACUGGG